AUGGACAUGAUCGGCAAAAAGACAACUAUAUCACAACAACAACCAAAACAAGCCGCAUCAACAACAUCAAAAGCAAAUGCUGAGCAAUCUCAAUCGCGCUCGGCAACCUCAACAAGUAAGAACAAGAAGCGGAAUUUUUUUCGGAAAGUCCUACGAAAAGAAGGGGUAUUGAUGCGAGCAAUACCACAAUUGUCCGUUUUUUGUGCGGUACAGAUCUUCUACACGCUCUUGCCGCAAUUGGUUAGAGCGUCUGCGGGUGUGGCGGCAGGAGCAGGGAAUUUAAGGAAUUAGACCUCGAAUCCGGUAUGGUCACUCUUGUGAUUUAAUGUUGAAUCAAAGCAAGGCCAAAAGAAAUCUCAGAAGGUAGUGCCAACUCGUUUUUGUCAUGAUAAAUCAUAAUGUCUGUCAUCACUUUGCAACAGCCGGUUAGUUUUCACCUCUAUCCCUAGACUUAUGAUCUCUUCAAACAACACGAUUUGAUCCUUUUGCAACUAAAUAUCACAACUGUUGCCGCGUCCUCUAACAUAGAAGUCGGAGGAGGAGCUCCAGCCAGUUUUCACACCAGCCGGCGCUUCGAUAGCGCUUUUCUUGCUUCUGCUAAUGCAGACGAGUGUUGGCGGUCUUCAAGUCCUAGCUUCUUCCAGUACGCAACAACGGGUGGACUCUCUCGCAACCUACAAUAUAGUGGACGAAGGCAUGAAUUAUGUCCUGGGACCGCUCCUUUCUCAACAAGUAGUUUCGUUCUUCACGUCAGCGGUGGUGGGCACGAGUGGAAGCGGUGGAGCUUCGAAUGUUAUGGUGAAAAUGCUGCGAAGCAGGAUUAUAGAGGUAGUGAUCAUACAGUGACAAGUUCAUCUUACGUCAGUAUUAACACAGGAAAGAACGGGCCAACAAGACCUAGGUGGUAGGCCAACAACUAGGUGCUUAGUAUCGUACAAAACAGUAACAGGAGUCUGGUAGAAAAGGGUUUUUCGUUCUUUCAGAGGGCAACCUGCCUUAAAUUUCUCUCUCAUACAACAAGAGCAAGUUCAAGUGGCAACGGAAGCGACUUUACGAACGCUUUCCUGCUUCUUCGUUGCAGCUGCGGCACUCAAUGUUGGGGUCGAGGCGGUUAAUCAGGAUGUCGAAAAGUAGUAGUUUUUUUUGAAAUUCGAGGUUGGUAUCUAUUUACACAACAUCUUGUUGAUUUAUUUUUGAAUGUUUUGAACAGGACGCGGUCGGCGUGUGAAGAUGGCACUGGUAGUAGUCCUCUAGGUUGAUCAUUUAUUAACUUUUUGACUUACUAGAGAAUAUAGAUCAUUGCUAGUUGUUGUUAAAAAUAGUUGCUUCUAUCAUGUUUGUAGAUGAGUGUGAAAUUGGUGUAGCUUCGUGGAGAGAUACUACUUUCAAUACUUCGAUACUUUUUCAAAUCUUGCAGAUUGAUAAAGACAAAUGUCGAUUGAUAGUCCUGCCUGCCUUCGAAGGUGAGACCUCUGGGGCUGACAGGACUACGACAGCGCCAGCGCUUAGCUCGUAGUAGAUAACUACCCGACUGAUUUUCUCUUUUUUUCGGUUUUGUUUAUUCUAGUUGGGUCUGUUUUUCCAGUAAACAGGUUGUCUAGGUAAUGGCGCGAUGAGAAUGGUGUCGCUACUUCAUACCGCUGUUGUUCCCCUGAAUCUACUUCCAACUUCAUGAACUAGAGGGUCAGUAGUACUCUCAGCUAUUCUAGUUGGGUCUGCUCCACCAACUCUGUUGAUAGUCCGUGAAAGAGGGACGAGAAAUUCAAAUCUUAAUCUUGAUUGUUCCUAUCCUAUCCUUUCAUCAACUUUGAGGUGGUUGGUGGAGAUGACGUGCGCGUAGAGACAUGUUGUACUAGAAAUACGAUGAUGUUGACCUUAUGAUGGCACAGCACUCAUUUAUCAGACAGCGAAAAAUUGAAAUCAUGCAU